AGAAAAGUAUGAAAGAAAAAAGGGGACUUAGCAUGUCUUUGAAAGAGACAAACCAAGACACCUACUACAACUUCUCCAAGAUGGAAGAGACUGUAGGAACGCUGGUCCUUUCGAAUAAAUUGCAAGUUGCUGGUUUCAUGGCGGUGCAAAUCGUGCUGGCAGCGGGUGUGUUCUUGUCAGUGGCGGUGAUUGCAACUACGAUCUUGCACAGUCGGAGAACCCGAGCUCAGUAUCUCUACUGGUACCUCCUCAACCUCAGUAUCGCCACGCUCAUCUCAGGGCUGACAUACAUCUUUCUCGUGGCAUGGUGUUUCAGUGAAUACAUGCAAAGUGGCAUAUAUGGUGUAACAAACCCAGAAGUGUGUAUCUGGACGCAGGCUGUGUUUUCGUACUACCGUUCCAUCCUGUGUUCUACAUUGCUUCUCAUUGCUCUGGAACGGUACAUCACCAUCCUGAAACCCCUGACGCAUUGCUACAUCAUUACCGAUCGUAGAAUCAAGACGUCCAUCUUCGCCUCAUGGGUGGUCGCUUCCAUAUACAUGAUCUGGACCAUCCUGCAGAGAAUAACCUUAGAUCCACCAAAGGAGGACAUAACGUACUGUCACAGGACGAUAUACGGGAUAAGGAGGAUCCACCUCGCCCAGUGGGCGGUCGGAAUCGUCGUCAUCACCAUCCUCGUCCCCUUCAUCUACAUCCACCUACACAUAAUCGCGAGGAAACAUCUCGAAGUGAUCCAGCGAGAGCGACGUUUGUUCGGUCUCGCCCAGCACAACCGCAACGUGACGCGCUCCAACACUGCGCUCAAGAUCACGCUUACCUUAGUCAUCGUGGAAGUCCCUUUCCUCACCAUCAACUUCGUCCGCAUGUACUGGGCGACGUCGGAGGCCCUGGAACAUUUACUCACGAAGAUAUCUGUCGUGAUUCUUCUUUUCAGUCACAUCAUCCAGCCAGUGUUGUAUGCCACGAUAUCUCCCGACUUUAGAAAAAGUUUCAGAUCUCUUUUGGGGAGAAAUAGAGUUCAGCCUUUAGAGGAUUUGGAGGGCAUGCAGUUUAUUAGGGAAACUGUGGGUCAAAAGGUGAAGCAAAAUGACUCUGAAGCACCAACAAGCAUGAAGAAGGUCGGCCCAUCCGACGCCCGCUCCUUCCCAACUCCCGCCCUUGUUGAUAAACGCCCUCCAGCUGUUCACGGGAGGAUGGUGCGCACGGAUGAGUGUAUAUUCAUAUGUGACGACGACGAGAGCAGGGCAGAAGUCGGGCAGCAAGUGCGGUCAGCCCCCAACAGUUUGCCCAGUGGUCCAAGUCUUAGCUUCUUAGAGACGCAGAAGGCUGAAUGCACACGGAUGGACACAGACAGCAAAGCACUGCUUAUCACGGGAGGCACAAAGAAUAGCAUAGAUACCCACCUUCGAGCUAAAGGGAGAACUAGUGUGGACCAAACUGCGGCGGAGAGUGUUUACCUGGCGAAAAAUAAGCCUGUAGUUGAAAGGCUGAAGGGGGCGACGGAGAGAGUAGAUUUCCUCAUUGUAAGGCAGGCUGAGAACAGGCAGGUGAGGAGUCCCUAUGACAGCCGAGUCGUGCUAGAAAGUACGCCGCGCCCUGGAAAACGUGGCGUCGAGAACACGGUGAAGUCGGGUGAAGGUCAUGCUUUAUCUGCAACAGCAUCUCACACUGAGAUGAAAAGUGAUGACACAGAAGACGUCCGACACCGCAAAAUGUUUGAUGUGAUGAGGUUACAUGAGGAAUAG